CGAUACCUGUGGCCAGUUAAAUGCCUAGCCCAUGGCUUGUAUUUCGCUGGUUAUCUUUGUUACACUAAAAUAUUUCUCGAAUUAGAGUUAAUUGUCAUGUAAAGCAAGUGCACUUGUUUGUAAGUGGCUUCGGGCUGUUUUCAGAACCAGGGCGGUGGACAGCUAUCUGUAGCGGAGUUAAUGUCAGCCUUUUAAAACUUCAGAAAGAAUGCAGUAGUAUACUGUCGGCGAUUUUUUCUGUUUAUUUCAACACACUUCAUUUGAAGCUGGAGUCUGUUAUUGAGAGUCACUAAAACUGCAAUAAUCGCAAGAUGCUCAGAGUGUCGCUCUUCGCCUGCAAGAGACAUAUUGAGGCCCUCACCGCACUUCUUUUACAUAUGUAAUCAGAACUCUGCCUGGAAGCAAGGACCAUAACCUUCUGCAAUAGAUGAAUAGCGUUUUCUUAGAAUCAUUUUCAAGCAUUCGGAUCUGUAUUUGAAUAGGUUAUAUUUUGACUUUUCUUUUGUUUAAGUAAGUAUAUGUCGUAGGGAAAGCAAUCUAACCCUAAAAUGAUGAAGUCUAGAGCUCUAUCUUGUGUCAUUUUAGGAUUUAUCUCAGCUCUUUUCUUCAAUCAGAGCACCGUCUGUGGAGAUCUGAGCUACACGGUGCAGGAGGAAAUGAACAAUCGGUAUGUUAUUGGAAACGUAGCAAAGGAUCUCGGAUUGGAUGCGUUAAAAUUAUCAACACGAAAAGCCCGAGUUGAAACAGAGGAUAGCAGCAAGCGGUAUGUGGAUAUUAAUUUUAAUACUGGAGAUUUGAUCGUUUCAGAGAAAAUAGACCGGGAAAAGCUUUGUGGUUCGAGAUUAAACUGCAUCCUGAAUCAUGAACUCGUCUUAGAAAAUCCGCUAGAACUACAUCGCAUUUCAGUGAAUAUUCAGGAUAUUAAUGACAAUGCGCCAAAAUUUCUCAAUGAGCGUAUUAGCUUUGAAAUCGGCGAGUCCGCUAUAAAAGGACAGCGCUUCCGUUUGGAUGAAGCUCACGAUUCUGAUAUCGGGCAAAACGGAGUUAAUGGCUAUUCGCUCCAGAAAAACGACCAUUUUGUUUUGUCUGUGAAAGGAAACACCGAGAGGGGUAAAUACGCAGAGCUUGUGUUGGAGAAGGAGCUGGAUCGCGAACAACAGAAGAAUAUUGACCUGAUUCUUACCGCAGUGGAUGGCGGGAUUCCUCAGAGAUCAGGGACUGCUGUUAUACACAUCACUGUGUUAGAUGCUAAUGACAAUGUUCCGGUGUUCAGUCAGCCUGUAUAUAAAGUCGUUUUAGCUGAAAACGCACCAAUCGGAACAGAAGUCGUUACUGUGAGCGCAGAAGAUGCAGAUGAAGGAGCGAACAGUGCAGUCACAUAUGAAUUUAGUCGGAUUGCUGAUAAUGCAGCACAGUUAUUUACUGUUGAUAAAAUUACUGGACAAAUCACGGUAGCUGGUGAUAUCGACUAUGAAGAGGAAAAGUAUUAUGAAAUUAGAGUCCAAGCCAAAGAUGGCUCUGGUUUAGCAUCGAUUGCAAGUGUCAUUAUAGAUAUUACUGAUGUCAAUGAUAAUUCGCCUAAAAUUUCCAUUAAAUCUCUGAAUAAUCCUCUACCUGAGAAUGUUAUUGUAGGCACUGAAGUAGCCAUUAUUAAUGUUCAGGAUAAAGAUUCAGGAGAUAAUCGACAAAUCAGUUGCUCAGUUCAAGGAAAUAUUCCUUUUAAAUUAAAUAAAUCUAUUAAGAAUUAUUUCACUUUGUUAACAACUAGCACCUUAGACAGAGAGAAAGAAUCAGAUUACAACAUAACAAUCACUGCAACUGAUGGAGGAUCUCCACCUUUAUCAUCAUCCAUGACCAUUCAUUUUACCGUAUCUGAUGUGAAUGACAAUCCUCCUGUAUUUGAUCAGCAAUCCUACACUGCAUAUGUAAUGGAAAAUAACAAACCAGGAACCCCUAUUAGUUCUGUUACUGCUAGAGACCCAGACUGGAGGCAGAACGGUACAGUAUUGUAUUCUCUGGUGCCCAGUGAGAUAAAUGGUCUUCCAACAUCCUCAAUUGUAUCCGUUAACUCAGAUACAGGAGUGAUUCAGGCUAUGAGGUCAUUUGACUAUGAAAAGUUGAGAAACUUUAAAGUCCAGGUUGUAGCCAGAGACAACGGUUCUCCUCCACUCAGCAGCAAUGUGACUGUGAGUGUGUUCAUAUCAGAUGAGAAUGAUAACUCUCCACAGAUAUUAUACCCUGCUCCAGAGGGAAAGUCUUUAAUGACUGAGAUGGUCCCUAAGAGUGCUCUCUCUGGCUCUCUGGUCUCCAAAGUCAUCGCUGUGGAUGCUGACUCUGGACAGAAUGCGUGGCUAUCGUAUCAGAUUGUCAAAUCUAAUGAUCCAGGACUUUUCACUAUCGGUCUCCAUAGUGGAGAGAUCAGGGCUCAGAGGGACAUUACUGAAUCUGACAGCAUGAAACAGAACCUUGUGAUCUCAGUGAAAGAUAACGGACAGCCACCUCUUUCUGCUACCUGUUCCAUAUAUUUACUUAUUUCUGAUAAUCUUGCUGAAGUUCCAGAGCUUAAAGACAUGACUUAUGAGGAGAGCAAUUCCAAACUGACUUUUUAUCUGAUCAUCGCGCUAGUUUCCGUCUCCACCUUCUUUCUGACUUUCAUUAUUCUGAUCCUGGCUGUGAGGUUUUGCCACAGGAGAAAGCCCAGACUGUUGUUUGAUGGAGCAGUGGCCAUUCCCAGCACGUAUCUCCCUCCCAACUAUGCAGAGGUGGAGGGAGCUGGAACUCUCAGUUCUUACAAUUAUGACACGUAUCUAACAACAGGAUCACGUACCAGUGACUUCAAGUUCAUCACGUCUUAUGAUGACAGCACUCUUACUGCUGGUGGAACUCUGAAGAAGGGCCAAAAUGAGACUUUAGCUGCAAACUUGAUUACGCUUAAUAAUAUAGGAGAGGCAGAUGAGGUAAGAAUUUAUGACUUUCCUUUGGGUGGUGAUUUUGUGAUAUAAUUCCAUAGGAUGUUCCUUUAAAGUGCAUUAACUCAGUACAUUUUUGUCUAGUAACAUGGGAUGACAUCACAAAAUAUUUAGAAUGUCAUAAAUCUCCCUGCGUUGUUUAAGUAUUGUUUGCUGUAGCACUGCCUUAUGGAGGA